AUGUUCUCCCGACUAAGAGUAGCUGCCACUCCCUGUGCGAUGGCAUGCCGCAGUGCACAUACGAAAGAAAAAGGCAAGCCACUAAUGUUAAACCCUCGAACAAACAAGGGUAUGGCCUUUACAUUACAUGAACGACAGAUGCUUGGGUUGCAAGGACUUCUACCUCCUAAAAUAGAGACACAAGACAUUCAAGCCUUACGCUUCCAUAAGAAUUUGGCAAAAAUGACUGACCCCUUGGAAAAGUAUAUCUACAUAAUGGGAAUCCAAGAGAGAAAUGAAAAAUUAUUCUAUAGGGUAUUACAAGAUGAUAUUGAGCGGUUAAUGCCAAUUGUAUACACACCAACAGUAGGCCUUGCCUGCUCCCAGUAUGGACACAUCUUCAGGAGACCGAAAGGAUUAUUUAUUUCCAUCUCAGACAGAGGCCAUAUAAGGUCAAUUGUGAACAACUGGCCAGAGAACGACGUUAAGGCUGUUGUUGUCACUGAUGGAGAAAGAAUAUUGGGUCUUGGAGACCUGGGCGUGUAUGGGAUGGGAAUUCCAGUAGGAAAACUGUGUUUGUAUACAGCCUGCGCAGGAAUACACCCAGAUAAAUGCUUGCCUGUGUGCAUUGAUGUUGGAACUGAUAAUACAAUGCUCUUAAAAGAUCCAUUUUAUAUGGGCCUGUACCAAAAAAGGGAUCGCUCACAGGUCUAUGAUGACCUAAUUGAUGAAUUUAUGGAAGCCAUUACAGACAGGUAUGGCCAGAACACACUUAUCCAAUUUGAAGACUUUGGAAACCACAACGCUUUUCGGUUUUUGAGAAAAUACAGAGAGAAAUAUUGUACCUUCAAUGACGAUAUUCAAGGGACAGCUUCAGUGGCCUUGGCAGGACUACUGGCAGCACAGAAAGCCACUGGUAAACCACUUGCAGAGCAGAAAGUGCUGUUCCUUGGAGCGGGAGAGGCCGCCCUGGGAAUUGCAAAUCUCAUUGUUAUGGCUAUGAUGGAAAGCGGUGUUUCUGCUGAGGAAGCCUACAAGAGAAUAUGGAUGUUUGACAAAUAUGGUUUACUGAUUCAGGGCCGAGAACAAAAGGUAGAUUCCAAUCAAGAACCAUUUACGCAUCAGGCGCCAGAGCAGAUACCAAAGACAUUUGUAGAGGCAGUGAAUGUACUUCGGCCUUCAGCUAUCAUUGGAGUUGCAGGAGCUGGGCGGCUCUUCUCUCAGGAUGUGAUCAAAGCAAUGGCCUCUAUCAAUGAGCGACCCAUAAUAUUUGCACUAAGUAACCCUACAGUGAAAGCUGAAUGCACAGCAGAGGAAGCAUAUACGUUAACAGAGGGCCGUUGCUUGUUUGCCAGUGGCAGUCCCUUCGAGCUGGUGACUCUGAAAGACGGAAGAACCUUCAAACCAGGCCAAGGAAACAAUGCUUAUAUUUUUCCAGGCGUGGCUCUCGCUGUGAUCCUCAGCAGUGUUCGACAUAUUAGUGAUAAGGUUUUCCUAGAGGCUGCUAAGGCAUUGACAGAACAGUUGACCGAUGAAGAACUUGCACAAGGAAGACUUUAUCCUCCACUGUCUAAUAUCAGGGAAGUUUCUAUUUAUAUUGCUGUCAAGGUUAUGGAAUUUUUAUACGCAAACAACAUGGCUUUCCAUUACCCUGAGCCUGCAGACAAGAACCGUUACAUUCGAUCAAAGGUUUGGACCUACGAAUAUGAAUCCUUCAUGCCAGAUGUGUAUGACUGGCCUGAAUCUAAGGUUCACUGA